GCAGGUCUCGUGACGGUUUACCAUCUCCCUCAAUGAAUGGGCCGCCUAACUGGGACAGGCUUCCAUCCGUUUCUCCUAUUGAGAAACGCAAAAUUAUGCUUGAUAGCAGAGGUUGCCAUUUGUCAACCAUGGGGCCUCCACCAUUACCGUCAUUAUUGAAGUGUGAUACCACUCGGCAGCUUCGACCCCAUAUUUCAACUGGAAGGCUUUUUGCUAGAGAUCCACAUCAACCUCUCGUCGUUGGUCAGUCACCUUUGUUAUCAACCAUCUCGGUGACCUCCGAAACCCCUGCCUCGUUCGCGACUCCUACGCUAAGCAUCGAAGACGUUCACAAAACUGCCAUGCACAUCUCAGUUGAGCGCGCAAAACAGCGACGACAGGUGGAAGAAGAAGAGCGGGAGAAAGAGAAAGAACGUGCCCGACAGAAUGCAGCCGCAUUGGAGGAAAAAUGCAAGGCUAACGAGGAGAAGAAGAAUGCUCAAGAAGCGGAAGCUGUGAAGCUGAUACAGGAUGUUGCGGAAGCAGCUAAAUCUCCUUCCCAGCAAGCGCUGCAGCUCGAUGCCACGACCCAACUUCCAAUGCCUGUCAAGCCAAUAGGACGACCACCAUCUUUGAGAGCACCGGUCGAUGGCAUGACCAGGAAAGACUUCUCCUUGAAUGAUGUGCUCCACAAGAGCUAUUCGUCUCCCAGGGGCAAACCUAGAUUCAUCGAGGCUUUCUCUUGCGUCCUCCCAGACGUCGAUAUCCCUCGUGACAGAUUCACCACGGCUAUCACUCGCGUUGUCCCAACGUCUCUAUCCCAAUCCCAAACGUCAUUAGCCCAGACUCUUCUUCCUGCUCCUGCUAACAUGCACACUGUAUCAUUUCAUAACGUCUUGCCCCUUGGUUUUUUCGUCCAGUAUGCACUUAAUCCCCAUGUCCAAGGAAUACUGUGUUAUCGAGGUUAUUGCCCGUCUAUGUCGUUCAAGUGCUCUGCGUCUCAAGCUACUGGUUAUCCGCUUGCCUACACUGCUGCUAAAAUCGCCCUCAGAAUCAAGGUAGUUGGCUUCGUUGAAGAAAUAGACCAUGAACUCAUGAAGCAUGCUAAACGCAUGGGCUUCUCCGAUGGGCAGAUUGCUGAUUUCGUCGCCUCGACUGAGGACAUCAUCCGCGCUUACCUGCAAGUUUCUUGA